UCUGACGGUCCGUGAACGCAGCGCGGCAGUUCCUCUUUAAAUACGGAUGAAAGGCUGAGCAGCAGUUGUGUAAUUUGGGUGAAAGAGGAGAAAAAGGGAGGAGUGAAUGAAAGACAGACCCAGGAGGAGCCGAACAGACGUCUGCAGCGGCGAUGGAGCUCAGCGUGGCUAAAACUGUAAUGCUAACAGGAGGGGUUCUGCUGGUUCCUGUGCUCGCCUUCGUUACCUCGCUCCUGUUCUGGCCCGGUGUGCUCCUGAAGGGCUAUAACUGGUUCUGGCGCCGCCGGCUGGGAAUCGUGGUCCGUUGUUCUCACAGUGGAAGUUAUCGAUUCUGUUAUUCCAGCCGCGGGACACCAGGAGGCGCCACACCGUCUCUGCUGCUGCUGCAUGGUUUCUCUGCAACCAAGGACAUGUGGCUGCCUGUCGUCAAUUACCUCCCUAAAAACCAGCAUGUGGUGUGUGUGGACAUGCCUGGACACGAAGGGACGAGUCGAACUGGUCCAGAAGAUUAUAGCAUCCAGGGUCAGGCCAGCAGGAUCCACCAGUUUGUCCAGAGUAUCGGUCUGGAUAAAACACCGUUCCACCUGGUUGGCACUUCCAUGGGCGGGAACGUCGCAGGCGUCUACGCCGCCAGUUACCCGUCUGACCUCUGCAGCCUCACCUUGGUGUGUCCAGCAGGUCUGGUUUAUCCGACAGAGUCCGAGUUCAUCAGCCGUCUGAGGAAGCUGGAGGAGAACAAUGAGCAGAAGGAGUCCAUCCCUCUCAUCCCCAGCAACCUUAAGGAGCUGGAUGCCAUGCUGAAGCUGUGCUGUCACAACCCUCCCAACCUCCCCCAGCAGGUCCUGCGGGGUCUCCUGGCCAACAGGAUCCCAAACAAUGACUUUUACAAAGAAGUGUUCAUGGAGAUUGCAGGGGAGAAAUCUCGCCACUCGUUGCAGGAACACCUACAUCUGAUCACAGCGCCCCUGCAGGUCAUUUGGGGGAAGCACGACCAGGUGCUGGACGUUUCAGGAGCCGCAGUGAUCCAGAAGGUGCUGCCGCGCUGCCAGGUGGACCUGUUGGACGACAGCGGUCACUCCGUUGCCUUGGAGAGGCCAAGAAAACUCGCUAAACUCCUGAUGGACUUUGUUCACAGUGAAGCAAAGAAACAUGCCUGAGGAACACCUCACUGUAGGGAUGGGAGGAGGAUGAUAGAGCUAAAACUGAAGUAUAAACUUUGAACGCACAAAAUAAGUGCUCCUGUGCACUUAUUUUAAUUCAACUGCACAAAUGAGUCUCAUCUUUGUUAUUAAUAUCAUUCCAUGAGAGGAAUUUGACACAUUUCUCUGUUGAAAAACAGUUUUGGUUUUGUUCUUUUUAGGAAACACUUAUUUUAACCAACAACAUAUUUAACCUCAGACAGAACUGAGCACUGUGGGUAAAUAACCGCUGAUUGCUGUGUAAUUUUUAUUCUGCUUGUUUGUAGACUGAAAACAACAUUGACAAAUGAGUUGAAACAAUAAUGUAACAAUUUCACACAAACCUGUUUAAGAAUUAAAACUUUAUCAAUCUUAA